AUGGCUACCGCACCCAUAGUUGACGUUCUAAUUCUCGGCGGCGGACCCGCAGGGCUCGCAUGUGCCGGAGCGAUAACGCGACAACUACACAGCGCCAUAAUCUUCGGCAACAAUACAUUUCGUAACGCGCGUGCGCAGCACAUGCACAAUGUUACCGGGUGGGACCACGCGGACCCAGCGGCCUUCCGUGCUCGGGCUCGUACUGAUCUGAUCGAGCGGUACGCAGGCGCUGCAGGUAUCCAGUUCCGUGACGUCAGCGUCUCGAGCGUGCGGAAACUAGAUGAUGGUGAGCGAGGAGGGACUAGGUUUGAGGCCGUAGAUGUCGAGGGGGCUAAGUAUCUGGGAAGGAAGGUUGUACGCAGAGGUGUGGGGUUAUGGGAUAAUAUUAGCUUCCACUGUCUUUCCUGCCACGGCUUCGAGGAGCGGGGUCCCGCAUCCGCAGUGGCUCCCGUCAUUUCGCGCAAGGCCUCUCGACUCGCGGGCCAUGUCACCAUAUAUACCGAUGGUAAUAAAGAGCUGGGUGCACGCAUCCGGGCACAGCUCAAGAGCACCCAGAAAUUCAAAAUCGAGAACCGUCGUCUCGCACGCGUAGCUAAAGGUCCAGAUGUAAAAGGCGAGGCGGGUGUGCUUGUUAGGCUAGAGGACGGGAGUGUCAACAGGGAAGGGUUCUUGGUGCGAUUUAGCCUCUUCCUAAUUUUCAUGUGUAAGUUCACCAACACAAUUAUGAAUGAACAAGCUCAUGCUCCCGUCCUUGAGAUAAACGGCCCGUUCGCGGCAGACUUGGGUGUGACACCGACAUUGCAGGGCCAUAUCGAUGCACAGCAGCCGUUCUACAGUACCAAUGUCCCCGGCGUUUACGCGGCGGGCGACUGUGCCACGAUGAUCAAAGCCGUACCAACAGCUACCAUGAUGGGAGCCUGCGUGGGUGCGGGCCUAGCCCACGCUCUGCAGGCCGAGGAUGAUGUAGAGGAUUAAUACAGGAAAUAGCGAAGAAAAUGGAAAGUUGACGUCUCUUCCGUCCACCAAAUAAGGGGC